AGUAAAUCAAUAAUAUGACAGUUUUAUCAAAACAAGGUUAUUUAAAAUUUAAUGCAUUUUUAGAAAAAUUAAUUAAAUUAUUAGCACAAACAAGUGGAAAAGACAAGUUUGCAAAGAUUCUUCAAUAUGGUGCCAAAUUAUUAGGAUAUAUAUUUUUAAGAAAUAGUCCAAAGGGUCAAUGGGUUGGUAUUAUGAAGAAAUUAGAAACUACUUCAGGUUCAGCUCGUAAAGUUUGGCGUUUAGGUAAUACUUUUGCAGAACAACAAAAGAUCAUUUCAUUAUUUAAAGUCGCCAAGCCAUUUGGAUUCCUCAAUAUAUUAGCAUUAAUCAGACAAUCUGGAAUGUAUUUCUACUGGGUAUUCGAUCAUUUAAUUCUUGGUACAAAUAUUGGUAUUUGUAAAUUCGAUACCGUAAAAUUAGGUUGGUACUCUAGCGUCAGUUGGUUCUUUGGUUUGUUAUGUUCAAUCGUUAUCGAUCUCAACACAUUAUCAACCCUUUUAAAGAAAGAGAAAUCACUCAAACUUUCAAUUACCAACAACCAAGCUUCCGAUACUGAUAAUAAAACCAUUCAAGAUCAAUUUAAUGAAGUUCAAAUUAAGAAAAAUGAAAUUUAUCUUACCUGUUGUAAAAAUGCCUCAGAUCUUUUAAUUGCUGCUACAUUAUUAAAAUUCUACUCAUUCUCUCAAGGAACCGUUGGAAGUGCAGGUAUUGUUUCUGCUCUUAUUGGUGCUUACCAAAUGUGGCCAAAAUAAACAUUAUCAUUUUAAAUUUAUAACAAUACAUUAGCUAAAUUACCGCAGGUAAUAUUUAUAAAAAUAAAAAUAAAAUUAAAAAUAAAAAUAAAAAUAAUCUUCAAUUAUUUAAAGC